UGAUAGUAAUGAUACAGAACUGUUUGGAUUGCAACAAUCUUUUUGGGGGACUGUGAUGGGAAAAAUGGAAUCGAAAGAUAAUUUAAAAGUGGGAAAAAUAGAGGAUGAAUAUAUAAAGCUAAUACCCAUUCUAGAUAAAAUGAAAAAUUCUUCUUCAUUGAAGAUGCUAUUAGCUUUUGAUGAAGCUGGCACAUUGAUUGACCACAAUAAUUCUGAUGGAAAGGAUAAUUUUUAUCACAUGAGGAAAGCAUUACAGCAUAUUCCACAUGAAUCUAAAGUCACAGGCCAUCAUUUUCUGGCUCUUUUUACAGAUACACUUUCAAGAGUUUCAAAUUUCUCACCUGCCAAGUAUAAUGAUCCAUCAUACAGAGUAUUUUUGCAAGGACAACAAUUGUACAAACCAUUUUAUCAUCUUGACACUUUCGAUUGUCAAAUGCCUCAACCAGAAAAUACCAAAAUCACAAUUACCUCAGCAAUACAACAGAUGC